AGUUGGUGAACACGCUGAACUGCAGUACCUGUGAUUUGAAGGACAAAAUAAAGAAAUGGUGAGGUAUAAAAAAAGAUAUUUGUUGGUAGAAAUUUCAUUUGCAGACGGCAAGGUUGAUGAAAGAAUUUUAUCGAGAUUAAUUUACAAAACCGUGAAGAAUGCCGUGAUAUCUGCCCAUGGAGACUACGGAAUGGCUUGCGUCGAUCGCUCUUUAAAAGUGAAGUAUACAAACCCCAUUACCGGUGUGGCCUUUAUAGCCUGUGGCAGGGACUAUUACAGGAUGGUUUGGUCUGCACUAACCUUAAUCAAAACCAUCACCUUUGAAGAUUCAGCUAGGCCUUGUAUGUUCAGAGUACUUCAUGUAGGAGGCACUCUCCUUUCUUGCCAGAAGUUUCUUAUUCAUCACAAUAAAGAAGAGUUAUUAAAGUUAUUACAGCAGUGCAAGACACCAGGUUAGUUCAAUGGUCUUGGUCUUUCCUCUCCCCAUUUAAGCCUCUUUCAGGCAUUCAGUUAGAUGGGAUGCAGCACAAAAAAAAAUAGCAGAGCAAAAAUAGCAGAGAGGCUUGGGGUAAAGAGCGAAUGCCUUCCCACACUACACUUCUUCCCUAUUUUUUCAUGCGCCUUU